CUUUGUUUACCUUAUAAGGAAGUCAUGAACGUGCCCUGUUCUCUUCCCCUCAUUUCUACAAACAGUUCCCAGAAGCAGAACCUUCAUGGUGAAAGAUGGCCGGGAACUCAGUUUUGCUGGCUGCUGUCUCUGUCCUCUCUGCCUGUCAGCAAAGUUAUUUUGCUAUGCAUGUAGCAAAAGCAAGAUUAAAAUACAAAGUUAUGCCUCCAGCAGUCUCUGGGUCACCUGAGUUUGAGAGAAUAUUUCGUGCACAACAAAAUGGUGUGGAGUUUUACCCGCUAUUCAUGAUUACACUGUGGAUGGCUGGAUGGUAUUUCAACCAAGUUUUCGCUACUUGUCUGGGUCUGGUGUACAUGUAUGCCCGUCACCAGUAUUUCUGGGGAUAUGCGGAAGCUGCUAAAAAAAGGAUCCUUGGUUUCCGGUUGAGUCUGGGGGCUCUGGCCUUGUUGGCCGUCCUAGCAGCUCUCGGGAUUGCAAACAGCUUUCUGGAUGAAUACCUGGACAUCGAUAUCGCCAAGAAACUGAAGCACUUCUAACCUCCCACCCCCUGCCCCCUUCUCAAAUGCUUGCAGAAGGUAUUUGUACUCUGAAGGUUAUAUGGUUUCACUUGUUCCAUUAAAACAAAAAUAAAAGCCUUGGUUCUGUUUUUA